AUGGCAGGCUCUCUGUGGAAGCUGUGCCACCUCCCCACAAAGGCGGCUUUGCAGUCCGUGAAGGAGCGCGGCAAGUGGGAGAGCAAAAAGGAGUUUAUCCUGUCUGUGACUGGCGCCACUGUGGGACUUGGCAAUGUGUGGAGAUUUCCAUACCUUUGCUACAAGAAUGGUGGAGGGGCAUUCUUCAUUCCUUACGGACUUUUUCUUGUUACCUGUGGAAUUCCCAUGUUCAUACUGGAAACAUCACUGGGUCAGUACACCAGUCAGGGGGGAAUCAUGUGCUGGAGAAAGGUCUGCCCCUUAUUUGAAGGAUUGGGAUAUGCCAGUCAGAUGAUUAUUUUUUAUGCUAGUGUCAGCUACAUCGUAGUUUUGGCCUGGGCUUUCCUCUACUUCUUCGCUUCGUUCUCUACAGAGUUGCCCUGGACAAGCUGCAACAACGUGUGGAAUACCGAUAACUGUGUGGUAAUAAACCACUAUAAUGGCUCUGCUAACUGGACUGGGAGGAAUGCAUCUUUGUCAUCCUCUGUUCUGGAGUUUUGGCAGUAAGUCCUGGAACAUUUUUGGACAGACAAACUUUCUUCAUCGCUCAAAGGAUUCUUGGCUCCCUCUUGUUUAAAAUUAUAUCUAAUCAGCAAAAAUAUGGGAACACACCACUAUACCAAAUAUAUUAAGAACCUUGAAUGGCACAUUUGGGUGCAGGGCUUGUGAACUGAUGAAGAUGAAAUUUUGGCAUUAGACAUUUUGUUGUAAACCUUUGUGAUCUGUCAGUCAGGACAUGUAACUGAUUAA